AUGUCGGAAGCACAUCCGGACCCGAUACACUCGGACAGCGAUGAAGAUAUAAACACCGAACAAGUGAUGAGUAGACGGGUAAAGGACGUCAUUUUUGUCAAGGACGGGCAUAAAUGUGUGAUCGCCAAGGACAUCGGAAUGCGCAAAGAUGUUUGCUAUCCAUGGUAUAAGGACUGCACGGACGAGAAUCAUCGAAAAUUCUGCAUCAACCCACAUCCUCGCACACUCAAGUAUGUGGAUAAAACAAGCAAGAACCGGAGAGCUUUUAUGAAAGCCCAUCGACACGAGAGUGAAGGAGGAUGGUGCUUACCACAAAAUCACUAUCGUCAUUUCUCCAAAUUCCCGCGAGUUGUCUUCUUUUAUCUGCACGCUACCGCUCAACACUGGCUUAUUCGUUGGUACUACAUCAUUAAUGAACAUCGACUUGAGCAGAUCAUCGACAGCAUACUAGGUCGCCUCGUGACAAUCCCGGAUGCCGCACUUGACCCCCUCGUCGUUACAUGUAAUUGGAAGAAGUUCUUUACCGGCUCACCGCACUUUACGAUAUACGAAGCUGGCAAGAACACUGAUCCUUAUGUAACCACCGAGGUCAGUACGCUCACUGAGACUAAUUACACCUUCCUAACCAAUAAUCCAACUUUCCAUGGGAGCCCUCCGACUUGGAUAGGCAAGGAUGUUUGGGGACCAUCGUCCUCGAAACCUUAUCUCACGGCUGAGGACAAAUCACGCCAAAUUUUCGAUUGCAGAAUUAAGAAAGGUAUCAGAGACAUCGAGAGAGGAGUGAGAAUCAAGAGUUUAGUAGGUUGGAUAUUUCAUGAUCCUUUCCUACGCUUCUUGUACACGAUUGGCAUCAAAAACGCAGCACUGCUUCGUACUCUGGAGUUCCGGGAAAGCUUACGAGUUUACAUUCCCUUCAUCAACAGAUUCUGCCCUAAAGUACAGAAACUGGUCCUGUUCAUCCUUUAUCCAUUAGAGGAGACGGAAAAUUUCGAAGAAAAGUUCCUGCAAUUCUUCGAAGGGGAUCUUCGAAACUUGACAUAUAUUACGGAGCUGGUAGUAGCGGAUGUACCAUCAAGCAGCGAUAUUAUCAGAGAACGCACGAUACCUCAACUUGCGAAACCCAGUCGAUUAUUUCCGGAAGAGAGCUUCACAAUCAGACAACGACAGAACAGCCACGGAUCUUUAGCAAAUUGA